UCUGCAGUCUGCUCUGGGACAGACCCAAAACCAUCUCUCUCUCUCUCUAUCUCUCUCUCUCUCUCUCUCUCUCUCUCUCGUCGGAAGAAGAAAAAGAAGCAAAACCCAUAUUCAGAUUUCAAUUUCCUCUGAAACCCAGAUCGAUUUCGUUACUGUUUCUUAUCAAAAUUUCAUCUUUUAGUUACCAGAAGAAAAAAAGCUUCAAUAUUUGGUGUUAUUGUUCUGUUUCUUCUUCAGUUUUUCCCUUUUGAAACCUCGGAUGCUCUGCAGAAACUCUGUUUCAGAGCGUAGAACAAUAGCCCAGACUGAGCUUUCAGAUCUUUGAACAACCUUUUUUUUCUUCCAAUUUAAGUUCAUUUUUCCCCUAAUUUCUUCCCCAAGAAAACCCAUUAUUCCCUCACAUUUGAGGUGAGAACCCAAUAAAAAUGAGAGAUUUGGUGUCAUGUUUCAGCGAGAACUCGAUCAACGUGACGAACCCAUCAUGCUCAAACUACAGCAGCAACGCUUGUAUCUCUCCAGAUUUGUCGCCUUCUGUUCAGACCUCCAUCACAAGCAUCUACAGAAUCACAUUAGGAUCAUCAUCACCAUCAUCGCCUCGUAAACAUGUGUUGAUCAACGUCACCUGGUGCAAGAACAACACCAAUUCCACCAAUCAUGGCCUCAGCAUCGGCGUUUUCUCUGACGAGAACAACCCUUCAACGUGUCUGAAACUGAACACAACUUCCCGGUUCUUCCGCAAGAAGAAAGGCACCAAAGUCCUGGAAUCCGAUCUCGGGAAGAUCGAGGUUUUCUGGGAUCUUGCCGCGGCUAAGUACGACAACCUUGGAGGACCCGAGCCUGUUGAAGGUUUCUACGUCAUUGUACUUGUUGAUGCGGAAUUAGGGUUAGUCCUCGGAGAUUCUGCAGAGGAAGCUCUCUUCAAGAAACUGACAAAGGGUUCAUCCGACGAUUUCUCCUCGGCGAUUUCCAAGAACUGUCUGAUCUCCCGACAAGAACACUUUUCAGGGAACACCCUUUAUUCGACGAGGGCUAAGUUCGCGGAAACAGGGGUUUUCCAUGAGAUUCUGAUCAGAUGCAGCGGAGAGACAGAGGGUUUGAAACAUAGCACCCAUAAUGGCCAUCAUCAUCACCAUCACCAUCAUCAUCCUGUUUUGUCGGUUUGUAUCGACAAGAAGACGGUGAUCAAGGUGAAGAGAUUGCAGUGGAAUUUCAGAGGGAAUCAGACGAUUUUCUUGGAUGGAUUGUUGGUGGAUCUGAUGUGGGAUGUCCAUGAUUGGUUCUUCCGCAGCAAUCAAGAGAGUUCAUCAUCGCCUGGAAGUGGAAGAGCCGUUUUCAUGUUUCGGACAAGAAGUGGAAUGGACAGUCGGCUCUGGUUGGAGGAGAAGAUUGUGAAGAAGGAACAAGACAACCUUGACUUCUCUCUCCUCAUCUACGCAUGUAAGACCUAAUUUUUUUUUUUCAUAAAAAACAAUUCUUUCCCAUUCUGCUUGAUUUAUGGGUUUGGUUAGAUUUUCAUUUUUUUUGGAGUUGUGAUUUUAUAUUGGAUUUUUUCGGAAAUGUGAAAUUUUUAGGAUUA